AACAAAAGAUAUGUAUAUUGAUUACUUUUAUGAUAAAAGAAGACAGCCUGUUGAUCAUGCAUCAUUCUACUUAAAUCGAUUUUCGCGGCGUUUCAAAGUUGUCUCUUUCUUUCCUCUUCUUUAUUCUACUAUAUGACGCUCUUGUUGAAGAAAGAUGCCUUGAUUUAUACAGCAAACUAUUGUGAAGAAAACAUAUAUUUAUUAUGUAAACAUAUACAACACCAUUUCCCCGAUCAACUUGAUCAAUGUACUGUGGUUUUUAUCAGCAAUGAACAACAAGCUUUUCCAAUGUGGUGUCAAAAAGCUUGUCGAUCAGAUCGACCAUUUGUAUUAUGGGAUUAUCAUGUCAUACUUCUUUUCAAGGAAAUCAUAUCGGAAAGGAUCCAAUAUAGUGUUUAUGAUUUUGAUACCACACUUCCAUUCAAAAGUUCUUUGACCGAUUAUAUUACUCAAAGUUUCCAACCCAAAAUAGCUUUACUUGAACAAUACAAACGACGCUUUCGUAUGAUACCUGCGUCUUCUUAUAUACAACAUUUUGCUUCGGAUCGGUCACACAUGAAAACAAAUCAAGGCACUUAUCUUGCUCCUCCACCCGACUAUCAACCUAUUGUGACACAAGAUGGCGAAACCAUGACAUUACCUCAGUACAGAAAUAUGAUGUUAGAUGAUGAUGAUCAAGACAAGUAUGGGAAGGUGCUUUUGGAAGAAGAUUUUUUUUUAUCUAUAGAAUAGUAAUAUAAUAAAAUAUAAUAUUUUAUAAUGAUGAUUUAUUAAUAA